AUGAAAAAAUCAAAUGGAUUGCUACAAUUAAAAAAAGUUUCAAUGAAUCACAAUCAAGUAAACUAAGAUUCAGAGUUUCUUUGGGAUAUUGAAAGAACAACAAGUUAUGAAAGCAGCCAAUUCAGAAGAUCGUUCGAUAUUACAUCGUAUAGAAGAACCUCUACUUCUUCCAAAGGGGAUAAUUCAUUCAGUCCUAAUUUGUAGAGAAGAAAUUCUUUUGUUACGUUCGAAUCUAAUGAUCCAUCUUUGUCUAUCAGUUAAAUUAAAAAUAUUAAAGAUCCAACAAAACAUAUCUAUAUGAGUGAACUAUAACUUAAAAUAUGGAAAAGUCUAUCAAAAUGUUCCAAUUCAUAAUUAGAAUCAGCAUUUAUAAUUGAUAUAAUAGUGAUAUGUUAGGGGCAAGAAUACGAAUUCAAAUUCGAUUUUUCCAAGUUAUCUUGCUUCAUGACUAUUUAAGAACUAAGCGAGUAGAUUCAUUUGAUAUUUUUUGAGUAAAGAAGUUAGAAACUUUUAGAUCCAUAAUUACAUAUUUUGAUUGGAAUAAUUAAAACAUAAAGGCUUGAUGGACAGAUCAGAUUGUUUGAACUGUUGAAUUUACUUCUAAAUGGGAAAAAAACCUUAAUCCUUCAAUAAAGUGUUAAUCAUUAAUAAUGA